CGACCUUCUUGCCGUGUGAGAGGUGCCUUACCUUGCCUUUGCCUUGCUUCUUUCUCUCUCCAACUCUUCUUCGUCCAGCUUGCCUUGCAUCGUCUCUUUUUUUUUUUUUUAAUUCAUUUUCUCUCAAGAGGUACUAAUCUUGUUUUUGUUGACGGGGACCCUCUUGCUACUGCUUCGGGUCUUUAGCCUCUUCUUACUUGUUAUUAUCAUCCUUCUUCUUCCGUCACUCUGGACUAGUGGUGUUGCUGUUGUUGUAUGUGUACAUGUAUGCGUGCGUGUGCCAAAUACCCAAGCAACAUCCCAUACAAUACAAUACAAUACAAUUCCAGUACCGCCAGCCACACUCUUCUUUCUCGCAUCCAUCCAUCCUUCCCACCACGGCCAUCCCACCGAAUCACGGAGCCCCAUUGACCUCACCACCCACGAGCCCUUCAUUUACACGGACAAUCUGAAGUACACGUCGGCCCAGGGUCACCUCUUCCACCUUACCUUAUACCUACCUCCCAUUUCCGCCGAAUUUAUUCCACCGACCCAUUCACCCCUCCGUCGACCUGACAUCAACGUCGAACCCAUCUCCGAUUCCAUACCUUGGUCACUGUGCCCACCAACACCACCCCUCCAAAGGUGUUCUCCUACUUCUACCUUGCUCCUGCAAUCGAAUCAGCACCUCGACGGUCGACGAGCACGAUUCACGCCCUCCUCGGUUCUUGGAUCACGAGCACGAACAUCUUGGUUCGAGACUGCGGCUGGACCAAAUUCUUGCACGAUUCACCCUGCCAUGGCUAGCUUGUAACGGAGACAAGACACCCCUCAACAACAGUAGAAUCACGAAUCCUCAAGAGAACUGCCAUCCCGAGCCUGCGAGUACAGGGGAAACCCACCCGACGGGAGCAUUCAAAUAAUUCAGGAUUGACCUUUUCUGCCUGGCUCGAACUGCCCACAGCAUUCUGCCGAGCUGCACACAUCUCUCACUAGGAAAGGAAGCUUCUACAAGUGAAUCAUAUUCGGAAAUCUGUCGCCUGCUCCAACCACAAAUGUAGCAGCCGACCUUGAUUUUCCUCGACUGAUACCUCUCGACCCACCUCUCUCUCUCUUUCACCCUUUUCCGAUCUCCGUUCGACCUCUCGCAAACUACUACUCCCCCUCCUCCAGCCGAAGCAUCGCUCACGAGAUAGUCGACCUUCGAACGACGAACCUCGAGCCCCCCCUCCGCGAGCCAACGAUCAACUUCCCCCGCUCCGAUGUGUUCGACUGCCGCACCUUUGCCCUUCUACAGCCUCCCUCUGUCUCCUGCACACCCCUUGUCGUGUAGACAGAGCUACUCUCAGCAAACCUCCUUCACAGCCACUCACUCGCAAAAGGAUUCCAGGUUCGAUCUCGGGGCAGGAGCUUCUCUGUACCGGGGCGGGCUUCGCACGCCGCCAACCGACGCCAUGAGUGCUACCUACCACGCCCCUCACCUGGUCUCCUACGAUAGCCAUGUUCUUCCCUCAUAUCCUUCCUCAGUUGCUCAGGCAAGAGGACCCAAGGCUGUCAUGGCCGAGUCUGCGAGAGCCCCUCAAUAUUCUCGGUAUCAACAACCCGCCAACACAUAUUCCCAACCCCCGCAACCGGUAACGAAUCCGGCCUCGGGCACUAGCCAAUACUCAACCACCUCUCGACACUCGACUCGCCCGUCAACACCGACUUCAGGGGCCAUUGGCAAGCCAGAUGACACUUCGUCACGGAAGGGCUCUUCGGCUCUCGUUCUGCACAGUCUGUCGAUACCGAGCUGCAUUAAUCCCAAGGGCGGUAACCUGGCAGACUUUGCCGCACAGAUUACGUGCCUCUUUUGGUUCGAGUCUAUGGACACUUUGCGAAUCGCUGAGAACAUCCGUUCUCGUCCAUCGACCGCCACCGUGCCUCGCCUCACCGAGUAUGCGACCCCUUUCCCCCAGUUCAAGAAGUGGGCCUACAGCGUGCUCUCGACAACCCAAGUCACGCAAAACGUGAUUCUGUUGGCCCUACUUUUCGUCUAUCGAUUGAAGACGACAAAUCCUUCCGUGAAGGGUCGGUCUGGUAGUGAGUACCGUCUUUUGACGGUUGCCCUAAUGCUGGGCAAUAAGUUUUUGGAUGAUAACACCUACACGAACAAAACCUGGGCCGAAGUCUCCGGCAUUACCGUUCAAGAGAUCCAUGUGAUGGAGGUCGAGUUCCUCAGCAACAUGCGCUACAGCCUGCUGGCCACGAAAGAGGAGUGGGAGGAAUGGCUCGUCAAGCUAUCUUGCUUCUCGGAAUACUACGAGCGGGCGCAGAAGCAACCGACUUCGCCUUUGAACAAGUCCUUCACCUCGCCAGUGCCGUCACCCAUCGCCGCCGCACAGCCCGCAGUCUCUUUCCCACCCCUCACGCCUUCUGCCGCAAACGUCUACUCGCCGAGCACGAACGUGCAGAGCAACACGCAGGCUUGGCCCUCGACAUAUCAUCACAACCCCCAGAUGUCACCGCUCUCUGGCAAGCACGUCCCGGGCAUGAAUAUGAAUGCUCGUAAGAGAAGCUCGGAGGAAGAUGUGGUGGAGCCCCCGGCGAAGCGACUUAGCAGGCAGCCCAAUGCGAUGCCCCCUGUCGGUAGACCCAUGGCGGUCAACGAGCAGCCGAUGCGUCUGCCCGUACCGAACCUGACGCUGAACACCAACCCCGCACCAUCACAGGCACAAAUGUACCCGGCCCCGACGACCUACCCGGCGCAGCAACACGUCUCCUUGCCGCCCUUGAACAACGGCGUUCGUGCCAUGGCAACAGUGUUUAACCCUACCACGACAGUUUCGAUGCCGCAGCUGCCCAUGCCGGCCACGACCUCGAUACCGCAAGCCUCGCUUACGCCCUCGAAUGUACCGAUGCAUCCCAACAUGGGAUACGGCACCCCGACCAAGAGACACAGUCCAGGAAGUCUCUCUGUGUAUGCGUCUUCGCCUCUCGGGGAACAGUUCCCGACAUCUGUCAUGCACACUCCGAUCUCACAUACGCCCAUGUCACACUCGCCCAGCGUUUAUCUUCAACAGCGACCCAGCCCGUACAAGCCUAUUCGUCACGUCAACACACUACUUUACCCUCCGCCAUCGGCUUCUCUCAACGAGUAUCAUCUGCCUACGACACAGAUGCACUACCAGCCUCUCGGACGGCGCAACGACCUGCGAACCGGCGUGGUUCCUGAAUUCAUGCAUGCGCCCUACAGAAUGAGCGCUCACAUGCCGCACAUACCCCAUGGUCUGCCGCAGGGACCUUUCCCGAACUAGAGGCUCGGGAAUCGAAUGAACCAGCCACCUUUGCCACCAUACACUUCUCAGGGACAACACCCAGAGGAUAGAUCUUUCAACUCAUAUUAUUAAGCAUUGCAUUGUCCAAGGCGUUGGGUCAGGAUCAUUAUUUUUUUUACUUCAUCAGCGGCCAAGGAGGAUUGGGGAAAUUCGGGGGAUCUUGGUAAGGAAAGGGACGACUCUCAUGGAUCAACUGUGAAAAUUGCAUCAGGCGGAGUUGUCUAUUUCUCUCUUUCCCUACUUUGGGCUUUCGGGGCAACAAGGAGGUUAACAAGGCAAGAGAGAGCAAUGGUCCUUGGAGCUUGUGCAUCGUCUGGUCGAUGAUGCACCACGCAAGCUCGGCUUCCCCGAUGAGCGGAAGCGUUUGAUUUUUUGGGUUCUUCCGAAGAGG